AUGACUCCACUGUUGCCGUCGCCAGCAUCUUACCAUGCAACAACGCUGCCCAAACUUGACCCAGGUCAAGAGUCCUUACUCUCAGAAUGUGAAAAACGGGCCCUGACUCUAGAUUGCAGGACGGGUGCCAGUACGGUACUGACCAGAUCGUCCGUGUUUGUGUAUGGUGGCUUUACAAUCCCACUGAAUCUCACAGAGAUCAACUCUGUCUCUAUACAACAAGAGCUUAUCCUUUAUUUUGCACGCGAAAGCAAAUACAAAGGCACCUUCCAAAACCUCGGCGACUGGAUCAGCCGAGAAUUGUUUCACAUGGAUCUGAUAUCUCGAAAAUGGGAUCUGAUGCCGACCGAAGUUGACCAGUCGCAAGAAGCAAAGGGCGCCCAGGAUGGUGCGCCCCUUGUCACCAUGAAAGAACGUGUAUUUCACUCGAUGUGCUACCACGAUGGUCAUAUGUACCUCUUUGGAGGUCUCGUGGUUUCACCGCAAUCGGGCUAUGAGCUUAUUGCGUCUAAUGAGCUCUGGGAUUUGGACUUUCGCACUAAAAAUUGGAGGCUAAUCAGCUGCAACCCCUCCAUAGCAAGACGAUUUAAUCAUAAUAUGCAUAUAAUGCCAGGCCCCGAAGAUGAAGACGACACUCUCCUGUACAUUGUGGGUGGAUGCAACAAUUUGGAUCGGCCCAUAAAUGUUGUGGAUAUAUACAACUUGACCAAAGGCCGGUGGGAGUCUUUGGAUGAAUCAAGCCCGAAACCUCAAGAUUUAACCACCAACAUUGAUGGUCAGGAUUCUCACCUUCUUCAAAACUCCAAUUUCUCAUUACUAAUAAGAGAUCAAGCUACAAAAAAGCCACUAAUUGUCAGCUAUGCUCCCAGCGAAACCGAUGAAGAUGUAAAUCCCGUGGUAAUUCAGCCUUUGAGUCCAGGGCCAAAUGGAAAACGAUUGCCGGCGUUUAGAAGAUAUAGCAGCUGGGGUAGUCAGAAGUACAAAGCGCCUUUUCAUUUGCAGCAUCCAUCUGGUGGAUAUUUUGGUCAGAAUAUCAUCAUUUCUGGGUUUUAUCCGGAUUUACAACCUUCAAGUUUCCAUUGUUUCACAUACAACAUCCCAACCGGAAAGUGGACAGAAAUUAAUACUGUUUCUGAUGACCCAAUAGGAGCUUCGCACCGUCUGUGGCAGUUGUUCGUUUGGCAUUCGCAUCAUAAAGUCGUUCUUCUGGGCACCAUGAUGAAAGAAGAUUAUUUGCCAAGCGUUCAGAGAUUUAGUAGCGUCUUGUGCGUUGCCCUCCCAAUGAUAAAUGUGUUUCACAAAGCUCACCAUCUCGCAGUAGGUAGAGAGAGAAGCGGCGCAAAUUUAGACCAGCUGUCUUUUGACUACGAUGGAUUUGAGGGGUACUCCCGAUACUCUGCGCCACCACUUGAAAUCACUACCAUAGCAUCUGUUUUUCCGUCAUAUGCAAUGGCUCUCGGCAAAGAUUCUUUAGAGCUUUGUGGUCAGCAUUUAUCAGAUUUUGAAAUAGUUACAGAGGACGGCGACUCUGUUCGGGUUCCGCUCCUUUUACUAAGAAGAAGAUGGGGUAGAUAUUUUGAUGAGGUUCUAGCUCAUGGUUAUGUCAAAGCUUCAAAAGCAUUCGAAGAUCAAAAUAGAGACAAUGAAUUUUCAAAAUUCUCGUCGGGUUCGGCACAUUUUAGCAGCACUCCGACAACCCAGCAAUUUGACAGCACAAGUUUAAAAGAUGCAGGAGACUCUUUCCCACAGGAACCUUUAGACCUAAAUUCUCUCAAGAACGAACAAUCACAACCAACACAACCGCUCUUUCCUUUAAUAACGAGAAAAUCAAGUCCCUUCUUCUUCGCUAAUAGAAGAGGUUCUGGCGACGUUACUGACAGCUAUAAAAAAGAAGGACGUCAGAGACCCACUAAUCUGAGUUCACAGGGUGCGCCCGAGUCGCAUCAUUCGAAGUCAGAUCCGUCUACUAGUCUCUUGUCCCAGCAUUCGUCUAAAGAGUUUAAUGAUGUCGCGGAUACUCCAAAAACAGGAAGCUCCAGUUUUGACACAAGCAAGCUCACAAGCUCCUCCGGUGGGAUGGUUUUUCGUCUUCCGUUUCAAGAGAAUAGUGGCAGGUCCGCAGUUCCCUUGCCUUUAUUGCAAGUCCUCAAUGAUGACCCUAGUCGGCUAGAAGAGCUAGAGAAACAAUCUGGAAACGCGGCUCGUAGAAAGUCUUCGGCAUCAGCAUCCUUUUUGUUUGACGGUGGAAUCCGAGGCUUACGUCGCGCUUCUCACCCGAUAUUUCAGAAUCCUAUUGAAAAGUCUACAAUCUCUCAAAGCCCAUUUGGCUCUCGCAAAGCUUCAAUCGCAUCUCAAAAUAGCUCAAUUUCAUUUGUGAGCUCGACAUCUGACAGAAUGGGAAAUUCUGCCACUCGUAGAACCUCACAGGAUAGUGGGUUGAGCACGUCGACACUCAAUUCUUUAAGCUCUCAACUCCCCCCGCUACUACCAAUGCCCUCGGAGCCUGUUCCUGCAACUCCUCAUCAACUUCAUCACGAUGGCGCGAAUCCCACCACUUCCCUAAAAAAUAGCCCAUUUUCGUCGAGAAGAUCGUCUUUUUACCACGACGUACUUCGACCUGAAUUGUCCUCUUCAGUUUCGCAGCCCCUUUUAGGUGUUCACGGAACAGCGGCACAGGACAACGUUGCUUUGAAUGAACAAGUCCCAAACAUGGCCCGCAAAAGAUCCAUCGACAGGCAGCUUUUGGAAGACAAUCUGAUUGACGUUGAACUAGAGACCAGCCUAAAAAGUCCUAAUCACAGAGCCACUCCAACGAAGGAUUUGAAGCAAACAAUUAAAAACAGCAACGCAAGGUCCACUUUAGAGAGUGAUGGUAGUCGACCAUCGUAUCUAUCAAUGGCUGACAGCAGCGCGAGUAUUAAUUUCAGUAUUGAGCACGAAUUAGAACCAUUGUUACUUCCAAGGUCUCUGUACAUGCCUUGGCCGACUUCGACCAUCAGGUCUUUUAUCGAAUUCUUCUACACGGGUCAGGUCAAUGGUAAAUGGCUACUCUCGCCUGUUGCUCUGAACUUACUGGUGAUGGCUAAAAUUUACGAGAUCCCGCUUCUUUAUGACCUAAUGGUAGAAGCUUUUUAUUCAAUUUUAGGAAGGAAAGAAGAAAGUUUACUGGCAAUCAUCGAAUCUUUAAAGCCAAUCCUACAUCCCAACCAAGACAAGGGAAAUUGUGAAAGUGAAGAGACGACUCAAGAAUUUUCAGAUUUGAAUGUAGCUCGUCAGGAAUUGCUUGAAUUCGAGGAGUCUCUUCACGCAGUCGAUGACGGGUUUUUCGAUACUCGGCUCUUGAAGAGAUUCUCAAGGAACGGUUCUAAUUGUAGCUCUGAAAGUGGUGAAGGUAUUAGCGCGAUCAAGGAAAAUAAGGAGUCUGAUACCUUGAAUGUGCCGAUUAUAUUCGCUGGAGGACCUCGUGGAAGUCAUAACUCAGUGGGUUCGUGUGGUACUCCAACCACCAUGAUGGCAGGGCGGAUGAAAUUAAAUUCGCCCAAAGGAAGUCGAGGAACUAAAAGUUCAAGCUUGAGCAAAGAGGUCACCUUGAGGGACUCGGCUGCAAGACAGUUCAACGGAUACAACAGUGACAGCAAUGUUACAAGAGAGAGAAGUGAAGAAACAGAUAGGGAAAAUAAUGCUGAUAGAAUGGAGCAACAGAAAUUGAGCAACAUGUCACAAAAUGUGAACUAUGAGGUCUCUUAUAAGAUCAUGGACUUGAAGCCCUCCGAACUUUGCCGUGGACCUCUUGAAAAUGUGGGCGAGAUCGCUGCAGAUGGAGAGAUUGAAUGCGGUAAUAAGGUCGAAAAGGUUGAAACGAACUCGAAACCCAGGAAUUACUCAUCAAGCUCCGAUUCCGAUGAUAUAGAUGCCGGCUUUGGCUUAUCUUCCACGUCAAAAAUAGACAAGAAGCUCCGUCAACGUGAGCCAGAUGCUUCUGUCGAUCCGCUGGUCAAAAAGAGCAACUCCGCGGGCUCUUCCCUAAAGAAUCUUAUUGAUUUCUUCAAGAAAGGGGAUCACGUAAACAGACCAGGAAGCCAGAAGAAAACUGUGGAUAAUUUAACACUGGCGAACAUGGCAUCAGCCAGCUCAUUUCCCCCGGUAGACUAUGUGAUUGAAUUAAUCCACGAGACUGCGACUUUGGUGCACGAUGUGCGUCUCAUUGUUAGAUGUGUCAGUGUCAUCACACUAUCGAAGAAGCUAAAGCUGUUAAAGCAAAGGCUGGAACAGAUAUCAGCUUCACGUGCGAAUGAAACUAAACACUCGUGCACAUCAACAGAGAGAACAUCUACGGACCCUCAGAGUGUCCCACCGCGGUCACAAGAUCACACCCCAGUUGCGUCGGCACCUGUGGCAGCGGUGCCUUUGACGGAUAAACUGACCCGUUCUGAAUCUAAAACUUGUCUUGACCGGAAAAGUCCCAACAGUAGCUCCCCGAAUCUGGCUGGAAUCCGGGCCAAUGAGGUGACCGAGCGCAGUUCCAAGUUUGCAUCUUCAGAGAUCAGUCUUUCCGAGAAGAGCGAUUCGUCUUCAAUCGACACCAAGGGCUCUAAAAAGGUGAAUUCUCUAAGAGCGAAAAAGAAGAACUCACACAUGGCUGGCAGUGGUUUGACCGGUGCGGCUUUGUUCAUGACGGGUCCUUUUGCACCUAUUCCCCCAAAACCCAAGAAGGAAAGUACGUCAUCUUCUCUGAACUCAACUUCAAAAGGCGGUAAAUCAUUUUUCGGCAAACGAAAGACGUGA